GUACGGAGGAGGACGAGGCUACUCCGCGGGCGAGGCCCAGGUAUUGCUGGCAACUGUGACUGGCAAGGCUGGGUAGAGGUGGUGGCACCAGCGGUACCACGACGCCGGCGAGCGAGUGUGUGUGUGUGUGUGUGUGUGUGUGUGUGUGUGUGUGUGUGUGUGUGUGCGUGCGUGCGCAGCUCUUGGUGCCCGUGGACCUCUUACACUCCACUCAGUUCGCGCCGGGCGUCAGUGACUUCGCGUCCGCCGAUCCGAUCGGAUCCUCUCCGAAAGGUGCGCGCGUUCCAGGACUUAGAAGACGGUCGGGGACAAAUUGGAACUGUGCGAUCGUUGAUCCUUAGGAAAAUCGGUGUGUGCUGGAGUACAAUCCUUUGAGUAUUUCUCGCUUUGUUCGUCCCUCGCAUUUCACCCCCUUUUUCGCCCGAUUGAAAAAUCUUCACAGAUAAGAUUAUUCAGAACAGAGUUGGUUCCGUAAAUUUCUCUUUUUAAAGAAAUUUAUAUUCUAUUUCAUUAACAUUUGUAGAAUUCCAAUUUGUCUGCCUACGUAAGUUGCGAAACGAUCGCGCGAUUGUCCCUGCUGCGUGUCAUCGCGGAACUCCUAAUCACGCCACGAUCGCGAUUAACGAUCGGUUCUGCAAUCUAAAUAAAUAGAUAUAGCGGCGUUUCCGCGAUGGGGAAGCAACUCUGACUCUCUGCACGUCUGUUUUCAGACCACCGCGAUGCGGCGCGACCUCGGCCGACAAGGUGUCUGAAGGAUAACCCCCGCGGGAUUCUCUCCUUCUCCGGCCCUUCGCCUCUCCCCGUGGGAUACGGUAGGUCCAGCUCGUGGGCUACCAGGAUGCAGCUCAGACCCAGUUAUCGAGGCGUCUGAAGGCACCCCGCGGCCCGCACGGCUCGCCCGCCUAUAAAGCAAUAAAAGCGCCCGCGCGCCACGAGAUAUAUCUCGCGAGAGGUUUCGCGUAAGAAACGGCAAAAGAAAGCCGACCGCACCGGUAAAUCAUAAACGCCACGGGGAUCGAACCCCACGGGAGAUAACUGCCUUCGCGUCAGGAGAGAUAGAGAGAAGAGAGGAAGGAGCAGCGUGGCUCGCACGGUUUAACCGUGCGGGGAUUCAUCGUUCGAUCGCGCGUCCAUCUAUAUCCUCUCGGACGCGUCGGCGGCGGCGCUGCUCGAAAACGAAACGAGCCCGGAAGAGGAGCCCUUCGUUUCGUCGUUCAUCAUCGGGAGCAGGACGUCCGGAAAGGGGAGAAACGGCCUUCGUGGUUCUCGCUUCUCGCCCGCCAACGUCGCGGACAGAUCCCAAUAGUUUCUCCCAGUGAGAAGAUACGCCGACCUCACGCGCGUGCACAAACGCCCUUCCUUCCUUCCUUCCUUCAUCACGGAUGUAAGGAGAGGAAUGCGUUUACCGUCGAGGAUCCUAUCGCCCGUGGAUCGUGAUAGAGUUUUGCCGCGCAUUAAAAACGCACUCGCGCUACCGUCCUGAUCGACUCCGCGGGAUAGGUGCACCGCAAGUGUGAAGAAAAGUGUGACGCGGAAAGUGUCCUCAACCACCCCCGCGAGCGGAUCGACACCGACUCACCAGGACUCGAUCGGCCGGCGACCGGUGUUUCGUGAUCCUCGAUUAUCACUGCGUGCUGUUGCCGCGGGCAACAGUUUAGUGGCUAGUGAACGGCUGAGUUUCACGUAUUGUUUAUAACGGGAUCAACGAGCUCGAGCUUGCUAACGUCUGCCGCAAAUCAAUUUCACGCCGUUCGAUAAAGGGGAAUCAAUUUUAUCGCACGAGAUAUGUGUAUGUAAAGGUAACGACCGCGCUCAGCUCUCCUCGUGUGCAUAAUUAGAUCUCUUUUUCUUCCCUCCACGCGCGUGGCGAUUCUUACGCGGGGAUCGCCUCUGCGUGACGCCGCGCGCAGUGUCGAAAAAUAAUCUCGGCGCCGAGGGAAGGUUAAUGUCACUAUCAUCGCGCCGCGAGACGGAAAGUGACGGUACGCCGGGCCCGCCGCGGCGGAGUGACAUAAUUGAAGAAGAAAGUGCCAGCGCCAGUCCGAACCCGUUAUUAAGCGGUAAUGAGCGGGGAUCGCCGAGCGGGGAGCGAAGAUGCCUUCGAAAGUAAGCGCCGUGCUCGCCUCGCGAGCACCACGGGGAUUAAAUGACGCUGAGUCCCCGAGCACGCCGGCGUCAUCCUGAGAGGAGGACUAUCUCGCCCGAGUCAGCCGUCCCCCGUAGUUCAAUUUCCCCAUCCCGACACGCUCUUCCCAAUGACUUGUCCGGAGCCCGAUGUUCCCCGGGACCGUUCGCGCGACGACGCUGUUUCGAAACGACGCGUGAGACACCCCGUCAUGUCGUCGAACGGCGAAUUCUCGACGAUGUCCAGCGAGGAGAUGCCUUCGCUGCCGAAAUCCCUGCCCAGUUCGAGGGAGGCCACCGCCGAGGGUGGUUCCAGCGGCUCCGGCGGCGGGUACAUGCCGCUACGGGAGUUCCUGGAUCGAUUCUCGCUGCCGAGGGUCGUCAGACUCGAGGGCACCGGCGGCAGGCCGGUGCUCCUCUACAAGCAGCAACAGCGAUCGCUGAGAGUCACGGCGAGUUUGCUGAUGCACCGGUACCGGCAUGACGUCAAGGUGGGACCGGAGAUCGUCAUCCCGGAGGGUUAUCCAGGAUGGUUUUCUGUGAUAUCUGGCAACAACACGGCGGGCAGCGCGCGCGUCUAUCGAAGGGUGGACUCCUUGGUGAAGACCGGGGUGCCUGUUUUUCUGCUGGCGACGCCUCUGAGAGCCUACACGUUGACGCACUCGAAAAUGGAAAACGGAAAUCUGCGGGCCCAUUACACGAAGACGACGAUCAGAGCCGGCGAGAUAUUGCGGCUGGUAGCGGUCUUCCAGGACACGAGGCAAUGCAGCUCGGUUUCCUUUGGCAUCUCCGCCGGUGGUUCCGAGAAGGACCAGUAUGCUCAGUGCAUCGAUCUUCACGGGCGAGAGGUGUUCGCCUCGCUGUCGACCAGGGGCGAGUUCUAUGCGAUCUGCCAGGGUGGAAGCGUCGACACCGGAAGCGACGCGGUGCUCUACAAGGUUCACCACCUCGCCAAAAGGCAGUUGCCUCUCAGAGUACGACUGAUAGCGGGACCGCUGCCAGUGCCGUUGCCGAAGGAGUACGGCGGUUUAAUGCAACUGGAGACAUCGACGCGUGGUCCGAUAGUGUUGGGCUGCGUCGUUCCCGAGAGGCCGGUGCACAAUCCGGAAAUGCUCGAAUUGGUCGUGUCCGGUAAUGGAGCACCGAGAGUGCGAAGGGCUCGAUUGGGUUACCCCUCGGAGGCGAGAUUGCUGGCCUCGCCGAAAAUGCAACGAUUACUAUCAGCCUGCAGCCGAACAGUCGGCGAUCGAGCAACGGAACCGCGUGUAGCGCCCAUGAAGCUGCACUCGCCCACCGUGGAAAGCCUGAAGGAAAUGCAUCUGAAGAAGAUCAAGCCGAAACCAGAGACCAAGCCGAUCCUGCAGAGCCUAAAAGACGGACUGGAGCACUUGAAGCGAGGUUCUGUCAAGGAGAGGAGCCAGCAGACGAAGCAGAGCACCGGAAACGGUAUUCUGGAGAGGAUCUCAAAACUCACUCAGGGCAACAGGAAUCGCAAUCCCGCGAAGAAGUCGGCCUCCUUCACGUUCGCGGUGAGGCCGGAGAUAGCCAUGAGAUCUCAGGAGCGUUACUCCAGUCUGGAGCCGGAAACUACCUCUCAACAGACCCGCCAGAAUCAAAACGCCAAGCAGCCAGUGCAGAGAUCCGUGUCGACCAGCGUGUUGGAAGUACCGUGCGUCGAGCUACAGCCAAACUAUUCUCACGUGAGGGACAGCUUAACACCGCUUCCGAAGCCAAUCAAGAUCAACAGCAAUAAACCCGAGGAAAUCUACGCCGAGAUCUGCGAUACCGCGACGACAAAUCAGACGCAAAAGUGUCCGGGAAGCCACGUAAUGGCGCGAAUCAGAAUUGUCGUGCAGGGCGACGACUCAUCCUUGGGAGCGCACCAUGUGAUCGGAAACGAGAGAUAUGUGAAUUCGAUGGUGACGAGCGAGCAGAUUGACUCAAUUAUCAGUACGGAGGACGAAGUAAUCUAUAAUACUGUAUUCUAAAAUUCGGGUGACGUACAAAAUGCAACUUUGUAAUGCUCAUGACUAUACGUAAACGAAAGGGAUUUGUUUUUUUUCAUUGUAACUCGAGGCAGCAAUGUAUGGAAAUUCUUAAAGUGUAGACAAACCGGCUGUGUGUUCAUCGCACGCGUUUCGCGAGCGAUCGACUUUUCUUUUAACCGCUGUUUCGAGAUGUAUUAUAUUAUGUAAGAGAAAUUAAGAAAAUCUAUAUACAAGUAUUUUUGUAUUUUAGAUCUUCUGUACAUAUCUUUGCCAUACCCUUAGUGUACUAACAAUUGGCCUAAGAAUGCGCCUUAGAAAUGUUUUUUUAGAACGACGAUUCGCUCAAAUUAAUUCCAUAAAUUAUAAGCGUAAUUUGUGUCAAAAUAAAAUUCAUCUAAUUUUUGUUAAAUCUGAUUGCUGUCCAUGAAAAUACAAUAAUGUAAAAA